GAAAAAUAAAAAAAAUUACACCUUGUGAACCGAAAAAGAAAGAAUGUUAAACAUAAUACUAUAGUCGUUAAUGAAAAUCAAUAUUAUCUAAAACAAAGGAGAUCGCCUAGGCACUCCUUUCCUUCUAUGUUUACGUUUGCUAAUGAUUUCCUUGUCAACAUACACUCUCUUUCUGCUGCCUUUAUCGAUGUUGUCGACCAUCUCAACCUUCCUAACAUUGUCAACUUCUUCUUCUUCUUCUAUGCAGUCCAACAGACUACAAGCGUUACUCAUCUGCAAUCAAAAUUAGUAACAACAUGAUGAUUUUUUUUUCUUCAAACGUAUUGUGAUUUCAUUCAAAUCGCAUAAAAUUCUAACCGUACAAACGAAUGCGAGGAGGUAGUUAAGAAGGCUAGAGCUAUACUUACAUAUUUGCACUCAAUGGAGCAAAACUUGAAACUAGAACCUCCUUCUUGCUGUAUCACCAAUUCUCGUCCGCAUUCUUCACAUAUUGGCAUAUCUCUAUUGCUCAAAGUUUGUCCCCUCAUUGGCCUUGCCUUGAUGUAAACAACGUCCAAAUAAUUGAUCUUGUAAAGCUGAAUAUGUGAGAUGUCCAAGUACUUCCCAAUAACCUUGAUUUUCAGUGUUUCGUACUCCGAAGCUUUAUAUACCUUGAUAAAAUAAGAAAUCAGACAAAAUAAAAAUAAAAAAAAUCAGAAACUCCGACGAAAGAAUUAGUGUUUAAUGACUUUCUCAACAUUAAGUAAAAUAUGACCGACUUACCUGAAAGACCAAGUGACUCUUGUGCUUACCGUUUGAAUCGUUGCACAAAUCACAUAACAUGGCGCCCUUGCAAGUUACGCAGAAGAAAUUGCACUUUCUGUGAUUAUGGCUCUCGCAUUCGCCAUAGAACUUUGCCUUGAGUAGAAGCUCCACUAAUUCUUUUUUAUCCCUCAUGGCUGAUAAUUAAUACUACUAAUCUGACUUCGUUGAACACAUUCUCGCAAUAGAUUGCAGCCUAUAUAUAGAGGCGGAAACCUGAUUUGGGUGGAGACAGUAAACUCCUUUUCUUUGCAGAGUUUGGGAGGUUAAAUCCAUAAAGGAUUUUGAUUUUUGACUGCAAAACAUUGUUAGGAUAGGAUUAGAUGUAUGCAAGUAUGGGCCGAUCAGGUAUAGGCUGUAAAAGCAGGCCCAUUAAAUAAAUACGGUCUUGGAUUUUUACCUUCUAAUCUUUUUGUGGAAAUUUGCUGUUUUGUUACCUGGUUAGUCCAACCCGUUUACUUCCCGAAAAUGUCAUCGAUUCUCUUUCGCUACGCCGCCCGUAAAUCUGCCGGCGGCGGCGGCGGCGGCGGCCCCAAUUUCCGGCAGGCUUUGUGUUAUUCCCUAUCCCUGCUCGACGGCUCGACGGUCGGCGCAUUGUCGGCAAGUGCGAAGCCUGAAUUCUCGAAUAAUCAGCUUCUGCGCCACUUCUCGCGUUUCUCUCGUGUCGCUUCUAGUUCCGACUUCCCGCGGGAAAUUGCGAGACCGUGCGGCCUGAAUUUGAGGUUCGCGGGGAGGAUUUCGACGCUAUCGAACAAAGAAAAUCGAGGCAAAGGGGAGGAGCCUUUGAAGGCGGAGGUUUCGUGGAUUGAUCUCUACUUACCGAGAUAUGUACGGCCUUACGCCAAGCUCGCGCGGCUCGAUAAGCCGAUUGGGACUUGGCUACUCGCUUGGCCUUGUAUGUGGUCAAUUUCGAUGGCGGCUCAGCCCGGCCAUCUACCGGAUAUAAAGAUGAUGGCUCUGUUUGGCUGUGGGGCGUUGCUUUUACGAGGAGCUGGUUGCACGGUUAAUGACCUUCUCGACAGGGAUAUUGACACCAAGGUAGAGCGCACAAGGUUAAGGCCGAUUGCUAGUGGUCUUUUGACACCAUUUCAGGGGCUAUGUUUCCUCGGCUCUCAAUUGCUUUUGGGUCUUGGAAUUCUCCUUCAACUGAACGAUUAUAGCAAGAUUUUGGGAGCAUCAUCAUUGUUACUGGUUUUCUCGUAUCCUCUCAUGAAGAGAUUCACCUUUUGGCCUCAAGCGUAUCUGGGUUUAACGUUUAACUGGGGAGCUUUGUUAGGUUGGUCUGCUAUAAGAGGAAGUCUAGACCCAGCUAUUGUGUUGCCACUGUAUGCGAGUGGAGUGUUCUGGACUCUCGUGUAUGACACUAUAUAUGCACAUCAGGAUAAGGAAGACGAUCUGAAAGUGGGUGUUAAAUCUACAGCAUUGAGAUUUGGGGAUUCAACUAAGCUAUGGAUCACUGGGUUUGGAAUUGCAUGCGUUAGCAGUCUUGCUGUCAGUGGAUUUAAUGCCGAUCUUGGAUGGCCAUAUUAUGUAAGUUUAGCAGCAGCAUCCGGACAAUUAGCUUGGCAGAUUCAGACGGUCGACCUAUCCAGUCGAGCUGAUUGCAACAGGAAAUUUGUGUCGAACAAAUGGUUUGGCGCUAUCAUCUUCAGCGGGGUUUUAUUCGGCAGACUCCUGCAGUAGCGAUAAAUAACACACCGAAUACAUGUACACAGGACUCAGGAGUAAUGCUUGCACAUCCCUAUCACAGGUAGAGGUGAAAUAUGGGAAUGAUGGUCGUGGAAGUGUCAAAGAAGGCUCUUGGCCUCAUCAUGGCUGGUGUCUAAGAAGGUAGAGUCGCAAAAGGCCCAUAAUUAACUGUGUUAGGUUUUCAUUCAUUAGUGACAAAUCGAUGGCAGAAAAGAAGCAGGAUUGUUUUCCAUUGUAUCAGUUUAAUUAAGAAAACUUCUGAUUCGUUCAUUCAAGUAAGGCAUCAAUAACUUUUUUGGGAAUUUGUUAUAAACAUAAGCUGAUAUUGAUAUUUGACAAAAUGGUCAUAUUCUAUAGGAUGAAUCAUAGAUAUACAUAUACUUGAAAAGAGUAUUGCUUGCAGAACAUGAACAUCAAGCAACACACUAACUCGAAUCAGAACUGCUAUGAGUACUUCUAAUAGCAAUACAAAAUUAAGAACAUACUCCUUUCCACCUGCAUGAGAGAAAAGUUUUAACGCGCAUGAAAUGAACAUAAGAGUUAUAAGUUAAACCAAGUUUGGCCUAUAGCUAGCUACCAACAGAUGUUUCUCCAGCUUCAGUAUGGGAAGAUGUAAACUUGGUCGGAUUUCUCUUCACCUUCUAGGCGUUGAACUUUCUAUGAUCAUACAUCUCAUUCUUACCAUACUCGAAUCAUCUCAUUCUUACCAUACUCGAACUUUCCCACGGGAGGAUGGGAGACUGCUUUCUGGCAGUAGAUGCAACCGUUGCGAAUCAAAUCUACAUGCAGAGCGAAAUCAGCAUUGUCAUUAAUCUCGUGUAUCUAUCUGUCUAUGUAUAAGCAAAGUUACUAAACACCCUAAACUGAAUGCAGUUAUUGUUAUCACGAUGAUGCUCGAAUCAGAUAGAUACACACAAUAACUACUCAACUCGCGAUUGAGGCCAAGAUGCUGAUACAACACAACAACUAAUAUGAUAUAAGAUCGAUGUGAGGCCAAACAACAAUCAAUCUCCUACUCUAUACAAAAUAAGGGGAUGAUCAUGAUCUAAUGAAAUAAGCAAGCUAGUCAUGCAGGUACAUACCAAGUUAACAAACAAAUAUAAAAAAAAAAGAUUAAAAUAAAGAGUUAACAAAUAUGCUUAAACAUCCCAUAAACUAAAUACUCGUAAUAAAAGACGGGGAGAAUAUCAUGAUAACACUCUAGGAGUAGUCCUAUUCACGAUCCGAGGGGUCAUGUUUAAACUCCACUGCUCUCUUCAAGAGUUAAGUGUAGCUAUCCCAAGAAAGCGUUACUGAAAUCGACGAAUGUCACCCGGACGCCUUCAAUAACAACCGGCAAAAGGUAAAAGCAGGCGGCCAGACGAAGUGGCUAACAUUCCAAUAAGAUAGGAUUAGAAAUAUCGCCAUUCAUGAUGACGUGGGAAUCGAUUCAAUAGUUCUAACAAGACCCAAUCAUAUGAUUUCGUCGUUGAUCACGUCCACCUUGAUGGGUGCAGAAAUCUUGACCGGACCAUUUUAAUGACCGGUUGGCUGUUUCACUGGUCCACCCAUGUGGUCUGGUCUGGUUUAAUAAUAACUAAUAAGGAUAUAAAUGUAAUCUUUCUUUCUUUGGGGUUCUUUAUUAUGAACAACAUGCUUUUCAGUUUGCUUGGAGCCAAGGUUGUCAACCCGCGGGUCGACCCACGGGUUGACCCACUUUAACAUGACCCGGUGAGAAUAAUGGGCCGCACGCACCCGCCGGGUCGACCGCUACAAGGUAUCGGGUUGGAGGUCAAAUUGUGUCAUUUUUUCUUUGAUUUGCGAAAUGCGUCUAUUUUUUGAUUUUUCUUUUCGCCUAACUCUAUCUUUGGAAUCCUAAGUUAAACAUUUGAAUAUAUAUGUUAUAUAAGUGUGUGUAAAUUUUCAAUAUAUGUUGGAUCUAAGU